UAUACUAGAUUCAUCAUUUCUUUCAUUGUAUAUAUUUACAAGCUAAAUUAAUUAAAUUUCUUGAAGGUCCGGUCAUGGCUAGCUUGAGCUUCAUUGUUGGCAUCAUUGGGAAUGUGAUAUCUAUACUCAUGUUUCUUGCUCCGGUAAAAACGUUCAAGCGGAUAGUGCAGAAGAAAUCAACGGAGAAUUUCAAAGGGAUUCCAUACAUAACAACACUAUUGAGCACGAGUUUAUGGUCGUUCUAUGGGCUUCUCAAGCCUGGUGGUUUGCUUGUGGUGACAGUAAAUGGCACCGGUGUUGUUUUGCACAUCAUCUACGUCUCUCUUUUUCUCAUUUACGCUCCUAAAAACAUUAAGAUUCGAUCUUUGAAAAUGGUUGGCAUCAUUAACGUAGCUUUUCUUGGGGCGGUGGUAGCAGUAACUCUUUCAGUGCUACAUGGAAAAACAAAGCUUAUGUCGGUGGGGCUUCUGUGCACUGGACUAACUAUUGGCAUGUAUGCUUCUCCUCUUUCCGCAAUGAGGACAGUGAUAAAAAUGAAAAGUGUGGAGUAUAUGCCAUUUUGGCUCUCAUUUUUCCAAGUGUUGAAUGGGGGCAUUUGGGCUUCUUAUGCUAUGCUUGUAAGGGAUCUAUACAUAGGAAUACCCAAUGGAAUUGGAUUCCUACUGGGCUCAGCCCAAAUUAUCCUUUACUUCAUAUACUACCAGUCAACGCCAGCAAAGGAAGAAGAAGACCCGGCCCAUCUGGUGAAAGGAGGGAUUGAAAUGGCAAACGACGUCGCUUUUAAAAGCAACGGAAAAGAUCCAUCGGAAGCCCGAGCGCAUACCUAAUUAUCUCGUACAAAUCACCCUCGUAAUACUUUGAGAAAUGCAAUAUGCAUAAAAAUUUACAUUAUCUAUAUAAUUUGUAAUAAUUGCGUUAAUUAUUUAUAUUCAUAGACUA